CUGUGAGUGCCUCAAGUGGAAGCAUAUCUGUUGAUAAUACUUUAUUAGAACAGCACCGAAUUUACAACAUUUGUAUGUAUUUUUUUUAUACCGACUGGGUGUGAGAAUAGAACCUGUUUCAGAAUUCAACAAAGGUCCUUCGGGGGAGUUCGUCGAUGUGUCGUGGCUGAUCAGGUCGUUACAGAGGAACAAAAUAUCUUUUGUCAGUGAAGUUGUGUUUUAUUUGAUGGUCGUUAAAUCGUAGUAUCAAAUUAAUCAAUUGUUGUUGUUUGAUGUGACAAUUAAUCAUUGGACGUCCACAAAAUCUGUCGGAACUGAAGUAACCUAUCAACUGUUACCAUGCCAUUCGUUACAAAUACUAACAGAAGACACCAGAGGGCAUUCUCACUGACAUGCCGUAGGCCACGCCUCAAUAACCUAUUUUCAAUAUGGUAUUGCGUCAUGGCUUUCGUCUUUCAAAUCUACAUUAUUGUCAACAGUAUACACCAGUUUAUUAAACAUAUUGCUUUGCCAUGGCCAGUGGAUGACCAACCGUUCGUGGAGUUAAACGCAUAUGUUGCCUUUAUUGGAGCAGCGUUGAUCCUGCUACCAUUCUUCGUCGUUGCUGGCAUUAUCAAAGUUGGAAACUUUCCUAAUGAUGGCGGGAAGUGGGGCAGAGACGCUGAUGAAGACGGGGCUAUCUACCAAAACUUGCGCAGAGCUAAGCCAAGAAGAUGGUUGAGGAUGAUCUGGAAACAUGGCGGCCCGACAGCACCGUUCCUUCACGUUUGUACAGCGUUCUGCUUGCUAUUACCCAGGGUGUUGAUCCAGGCCAGAUUGAUCCAGCACGGAUUCUUGGGUAAAGCUAAUCUUUGGAAUACGGAUUUGGACUUCAUGAUCACCCACAAGGAUCGAUUAGUGACCCUUAAGUUUCUGUCCACGAUAAACGAAACUGAGGUGUGGGGGAAGGAAGCAGCAGAACAACAACUCAGACCCAAAGCAGUGACCGAAGAUCAAUUGGAAGACAUAACUCCUGUCUCAGCAGAGUUUCUAAAUUACGGACUGGCUUUAUUUGUGUACGCAGUUCGCUAUCCCUCCGUUUUCUGGAAGGUCAACAAGAGUUUCACUUUAUUCUUUUCGAUUCAGACAGUUCUGACUGCCUUGCAACAGCUGUUAGCCUUCACUGGGUUCACGGUUCUUUACAAAGUUAACAUGUACGGACCUACAGAGGUCCUCCUGAGGUUCAGUCCGCUUCUUCUGAACAUUUCACAGAGCUUACUACUUUUCUUUAUUUAUAAUAUGAUUUUAAUGAUGUCCUCCAGCAUUCUUUAUCUCUAUGGUCUCCAGAAAUUCCACGAAUUCGAAGAACAAAAAAUCCAAAAACGUCACGUCACCUGGACAGAGGAAUCUCGCCGUCUCUGGGGUUACAUUCCUCAUCUGAGCGCUCUCCUGAUUCUUCUCCUGGUGAUCUCGAUCUCUGCACCUUUGAUGUACGACUAUACGAUGGUUUACUGUGGAAGUCUAGAUGGAGCAGUAUUUGCUGGUGUGAUAGGCACCGUAAUGCAUCUCUUGCUUUGGGUAUUGCUUUGGUUAGGCCUCACCGUGAAACAGUCAUGGAGAUUCAGAACAGCCAAAGGUCAAAACUGCCCACUAGACUGUAGUGGACCAAGAGCAGCUAAUGACUGUGAACUGGAAAUGUUAAACGACACCAAAGAAUUACCACUACUGGUUAUCGAAAAUGGACAGACUUACCAUAUAAGAGAAAAAACGUCUAAAGAAGCUAUUAUAGACAUAGCACUAAUGUCGACGACUCGUGAAAAAUCACCAGAUGACAAUGGAGACAUCUACUGGCUGAAACCUAAGUUUCCUCUCCCAAAGAAUACUGAUGGUCUACCAGAAGAAGACAGAAUGUCAUUGCCCAAAAUUUCUCGAAAAUCGUCUUUCUCCAAAGAGCAGAAAGUAACAUUUGAAGAUAGGCUACCUGGAUCUUCCUUAAGACGAGUGAGAUCACUUAAUAGCAAAACUCCAAGCGUUAUUGGUAAACUUAGAAAACCCCAAGUUAAGUUUGAAGAAUGUUCUGAUGUGAACUCGGACAUUGGAGAUUAUACAACUCUAAGGGAACUUAUCAGAACCAAAGAUGGUGGAUUUGAGAGACCUUCCUUAAAGAGUAUGAGUCCCUUCCGUUUCAAUGGAAGUACACGCCCUCUGUUGGACGAAGGAGAGUACACUUUACUUCUUGACAACCGUCGAUGUUCUAAUAGGAUUUUGGCUCCUGUUGUUGUCCAUAAUGGUCUCCAGUCUUCUCCCGGGAACUCAACCCCACAUAGUACUCUCAGCACGGAUUCUGGAAUCACUAAAGGCCAUGGAGACGAGAACAACUCCCGAGAUAAUCUGACGCCCAGAUCAGGUUCUAACAAUGAAGCUCUUGAUAAAGCAGCUAGCGACUCCUCUAGUGGUGUUCACUCCAACUGCAGUAUGGCUGACAAGCGGUCUUCUAGUCUAGAAAACAUACCAGCUAUGGAUCCACCAAAGUUCAGGUGGAAGAGUUUGUCAUUACAGCGGACUGUGGCUCCACCUACAGGCAGUGACUGUACUGGUGGAUCCACACUAUUAUCCUCGUUGCUACCAAAUAGUACGUUAUAUGAUAACCCAUACGAAUUAACUGUGGGUAUCAGACACCCAAAUAACCGAGUUAUCAGUGGUAAGAAUGUUGGUAGUAGAUUUGGUCGGACUACAAAUAAACGUUUGACCCCAGUUAAUGACCAGUCUGACUAUAUAGAAGGUCCAUUGCUCACUAAUUCUGUAAAAAACGAAGCUACGUCUUUUUGGACCCAACAUUCUACUGCGGACGGUAAUGAAUUGUUCAGUAAAAAUCAGUUUGUCGGUCAACCUAUGCACAGUGAGAGGUCAGCUUUGAGUGAACAAAAAAGAAGAGAUUCAGCCAACUAUUCGUUAGCCUCCUCCGGAGAUUCGGACAAUAGCAUUCCUCGUUGUUGACCUCUUAAGAUCGGUAACAACCAUACAGUUUCAACAAUAUUUAAGCUGCAUCCAAACGGUAAUACCAAACACUAACUCGUUGGUUUUUAUUGAAAGUGAACGACUUUUUUUGUUAUCCAGAAAGGAUGUAAAUGAAGAGACAUUUUGUCGUUGAACGAUUCUUCCCGUGGAAGAAAAUAACUCUCAGAUGGAGAACAUGGCCGUGACCAGUGAAUAACACACUUCAAAUCACGCCUUCCUUUUAUUUCGUAAAUAUUUAAUUGCAACUUAUUGAACUAUCACAGGGCGCUGGUGAACUGAUUUACUCGGUGACCAAGGUCAUUGAUUCAGUGCUGUGUUGACCAAUGAUGUAUAUAAAGAGUAGGCGUUGUUUUGUUUGAUGUUAAGCGCUCAGUUACAAAAUAGGCUAUCAGCGUUUCGUCCACCGCAGAGAAUCGAACCCCGGAAUUUAGUGUUACAAGCUCUCGGGCUUACCGCUGAGCCAUUUGGGAAUUUUACAUCGUGUGUGGUAUUGUAUCUUAUUUAAAUAUUUGUAUUUAAAGAAUUCCAACGGAAACUGAAAUGUCACAAAAUACACCUGUUACAUUGCUCACUUGUUUUUAAUGUUGAUUUCUAUAACUAAUGAUUAUGUAUAGAAAAUGCGUUGUCCUAAAAAUGUAAAAAGAACUUAUGUUCCAACUUUGGAUGAGAUUAGGAAAAAGGUUGUAGUGUACAAUCAUUCCAAACCCUGAUAUUAUGAAGUUAGUCUUUUAUCAGCAUAUAUUGCACAACUCUGAAUUGUUUCUUUGAUAAUAUUUGUAUUUCUAAACUCAAAUCAUACUCCUUUUUGUAUUAUUCAGUAUUUGGUGGUUUUACUAACUAGCAAACAGUGGAAGUUAAACGUUUUAUUCGUCAUUAUACUUGUAAACAUUUCAGAAAAAACAGAUGGUUGUUUAAUUAAAAGCGACUUGAGCAGUUUUGCAUACUAAUAUUAACUGGUGUUUGUCUAGAUUUUCUAUAUUUUUUUACAAGAUUUUGAAGCUAUCUAAAAUACUUUUCACCCAAUUUAAUCAUCACCUUUUAAAUAUCUUAUAUUUCCAUAAUAAAUGAAAAAUUAUCGUGUAUCAUAGCGCCAUCUAGUUUAACCAAAUAUAACUGUUGAUAACACUUAUCAUUUUCAAUGGAUUGAAAAUGCUCUAAUUAUGCUAGAAAUGAGGUAUAAAAAUAGUUAAAAUUGGAAUGUCUAAAGUCUGUUAGUAUUACGAAACAACGAACGGUCAGAUCUGACUUAAUUUUUUUUAUAUUUUUUAUUGUUGUUACUGUUGUUGUUCUUGUGCCUUGUAGUUUUAAGCGACUUUAUUUGACAAAGUAUUUUUUUUGGAAAACAAAUAUAUUUCGUAAUGCCAGAUUCGGGUCACGUUUCUCCCGUUUUAUUUACAAGAAUCAACACGUCGCCAUUUUUUUUUUCAGAAAAUUGCGACUGUAUGUUUAUAUUCUUGUAUCACAGGAGCGCCACGUGUGUGAAUGAAAGGAACCACAACUUUAAGAUAUUGUUUUACAUGUUAUAUAUUACCAGAAUAUCGUUUCUGAUUCUACGGUACGCGUCUUCUUAUAACAUUAAACACCUACUAACCUUAAAAUAUCUCUCUUCAAAGAAUUGGUUUCUGACGGGAAGAGAGUGAAACCACGUGGUGUUUUACUACGGAAUCUGAGGCCAUAACCACGUGGUGUUUUACUACGGAAUCUGAGGCCAUUUAUUCAAACAAAGCAUAAAAAAGCAAUUUCGAUAGAUUAAAAUUUUGAAGAUAGCUCAAUCUUUCGGAAAAAGUGAGCAGUUUUAUCUAAAAAACUUCAUAGACAGGUGUGUUCUCUAGGAAUUUUUCUUGAAUUAAUUAAUGGUAAAUCGAUCGUAAAAGGAACUCCAAAUAAGGUUUGUAUAUAUAUAUAUAUGUAUAUAUAUAUAUUAGUAUAUUUAUUAUAUGUGACAAGUAUUGAUACAUUGAGCUUUUAUAACCAAUCAACUACUUGAUUGGGCUUGUCGUUAACUGCUACCGAUCUCAUUUCUAUACAGAAUAUGCAAGGACUUUUUCGAAUGACAAACUAAACUAGCAAUAAGCUUGCAUUUUCUUUUUAUUGAAAGUUAUAUGGUAAACUUUAAGCUUUAUCGUUGAGAUGUUAUAUUGCCUAAAGCUUUAGAUAAUGUAAUGAUGAAAAUGUUUUGCUAAUUUAAGAU